AUGCUUCAAUAUUUUCAACCCAUUACCUCUAAUAUCAGUACGGCCGACAUUGACCAUCUCUUGGCUGCUUAUCCGUCCAAGAGUGCAAAGCACAUUCAAUGCGCUGGCUUGCCGUUUAGUAUGUGUCAGACUCAAAGACCUAUUCAGAGGAAUUGGACAAAGAUCAGGUAUCGCCAAAAGAAAGAGCUACAGAGUCCAGUCCCGCUUCUGCAACUAGCGACUGAAGUAUAG